AAGAAGAAUCAUUUCAGAGGAAACUAAGUGGACUCAGUCAUCAUCAGGUUUUUCAGCCCAUGUUGAUCCAUGGGAGCCAAGCAAUCAGGUGCUGUCUUUUAUGUGCCUCCUGCUUCACCUGUGAAGCGCAGCAGCAGCCUUAUAUUGCUUCCACCUGACAUGUCUGAGCUGAGGGUUGUUCUUCUGGGGAACAGCUGCUCUGAGAGGAGUUCAGUGGGGAACUUCAUCCUGGGAGAGAACACGUUUAACACAGAACCUGAGUCCUGUCAGAGAAUCAGUCGAACAUUAGAUGGCAAAGAAGUAGUUCUCGUCAAUACUCCGGAUCUGCUGCUCUCCAGCAUCUCUGAAGAUGAACUCAGAGAACAUGUAGGAACCUGUGUGAGACUCUCUGCUCCUGGACCUCAUGUGUUGCUGCUGGUUCUACAGCCUGAAGACUUCACUGAGGAACACAGACAGAGACUCUGCAGAGUCCUGGAACUCUUCAGUGAUCGAUCAUUUCAUCAUUCACUGGUUCUGAUAUCAACACCCAGAGAGGAGCAGCCAGGCUUCAUGGAAAAGUAUCGACAACAUCCACCUGUAAAAGAAAUGAUCCAGAUGAGUAAAUACAGAUUCUUGUGGCGGAAAGAUCUUGAACUUAAAGAACUGUUAACACGGUCUAGACAGAUUGUGGAAGAGAACAAUGGAGAACAUCUGAAACUGAACUAAACAGUGUUAACACUGUCUUUUACAUCACUUAGAAACAAAGUAACAAAGCAAACUCGUAAUGCUAAAGCAAAUUUCUUAAUUAAAAUGAUAGACGGGGUGAAUGGCAAUGGAAAAUUGAUAUGGGAACAACUUAAUAAGCUAAGGAUGUCAUUCUUAGUAGUUUCAACAUUUUUUUUAUACAUUCAGUUGAGGAGUUGACAAUGAAUUUUAAAUGCCCAGUCUGCAGUUAACAGAUCAUCUCAAUACUGUGCAUAACUCACUCCUUCCAAUGCAGUUUGGAUUUCGUAAAAAACACUGAACCGAGGGGCUGUUUUCUUGGACCUAAAAAGAGCUUUUGACUCACUAAACCUUUCUACUCUCAAAAACUGUCCCUCUUUAACUUUUUGGAUGGCACACUCUGCUGGAUGAGAUCAUAACUGUCAAAUAGGAAACAGAUUGUGCAUAUUGGGAACUCAAUGUCACCUUACCUCAGCUGCUCCACUGGUGUACCCCAAGGUUCCAUUCUCGGAUCCAUCCCAUUCAGUCUCUAUGUAAAUGACCUGCCUACAGUUUGCCCAAAUGUUAAUAUGCAACUUUAUGCUGAUGAUACAGUACUAUAUGUCCAUGCACAAACAAAACAAGUAGCUGCACUGACACCUAUAUCCCAUUGGCUUAAUCGAUCUUGUUUGCAUCUCAGUACUAAAAAGACUGUUUGCAUGUUCUUCUCUCGUCAGUCAGCAGAGGGCGAUCAACUAUCUGUGACGGUCAAUGGAGAGAGACUUGAUGUGGUAGAAGAGUUCAAAUAUCUUAGAGUUGUCUUUGACACAAACCUAUCAAUUAAAGCAAAUGUUAAAAAAUCAAGAACACCAUAAAUUCAUUCUAUCAAAUUUCAAUCAUAUACGACCUUUUCUCACAACUCAAAAAAACCUAAGGUCUAUAUGCAUGCCAUGAUAUUUUCACACAUAAAUGACUGUUUUACAACUUGGACACACACAAAUGAAAGUACAGUAAAACCUGUCAAGUCUCUCUUUAAGAAGGCAGUUAAAAUCUUAGACAGGAAACCUCUUCACUUUCAUUACUGUAAUAUCCUAAAAAGGUAGAAUAUUGUGGAUCUUGAUAGCAAAUCUUUAUGGAUACCUGUCUCAUCUUCAGAGUCUUAAGUAAAUUAGGUUAAAUUUGGUUUGUGUGGACAUUGUCUGUCCGUGUCAGGUUUUUCUUUUGUGUUAAUGUUGUUUUAAAAUCUCUUGUCUGUGUUGUGUAGCUGCCUUGGGACUACGGCUGAAAAUUAGCAUCUGUGCUAACACCGGUACAUUUACACUGAUGACUAACGCAUCAGUGUUGGUUAAUGUGCAUUGUCCCAAUUCAAUAAAUUAAUAACAAACACUGAAUGUGUUAAUUUGACUGAACAGCAAAUAUAAUUCAGGAUAUGGUAGCUGCUAUUAUUCUACUGCAUUUAGCUCAGAUCCUGCAGAUCAUCUUUAACUACCAGUAACGCUAAUAUAUUGUUGACAUGGAUUAAUUGUAGAAUAUUAACCUGUGUUGUUGGAGCCAUGAGGAGUUUACUGACGUUCGCCUAUUUUAUUAUCACUAUUAUUAUUAGAUUUUUAUUUAUUUUGUACAUUAAAAGAUACUCAUAAAAUAACCACGGCUUAUUUGAAGCCUCCACCUUAUAAUAUUAUUCUAAUAUAUUAAUAUUACAAACAUCAGAACAUAUGACUACAUGAAAAAAUAUGAUGACUAUCAACAACAAUAAUGUCGAAAUAAAUACAGAAAAUAUCA